AUGGGAGCCAACACUUCAAGCAAACCACCAGUGUUUGAUGAAAAUGAUGAUGUCAACUUUGACCACUUUGAAAUUUUGCGAGCCAUUGGAAAAGGCAGUUUCGGGAAGGUCUGCAUCGUACAGAAGAAUGAUACCAAAAAGAUGUACGCGAUGAAGUACAUGAACAAACAAAAGUGCGUGGAGCGCAACGAAGUGAGGAAUGUCUUCAAGGAGCUCCAGAUCAUGCAGGGACUGGAGCACCCUUUCCUGGUUAAUUUGUGGUAUUCCUUCCAAGAUGAGGAAGACAUGUUCAUGGUGGUGGACCUCCUGCUGGGCGGGGACCUGCGUUACCACCUGCAGCAGAACGUCCGCUUCCAGGAAGACACUGUGAAGCUCUUCAUCUGUGAGCUGGCCAUGGCCUUGGACUACCUGCAGAGCCAGCGCAUCAUUCACAGGGAUAUGAAACCUGACAAUAUUUUGCUUGAUGAACAUGGGCACGUGCACAUCACAGACUUCAACGUCGCCGCAGUGCUGCCCGGGGAGAUGCGGAUCACCACCGUGGCUGGCACCAAGCCUUACAUGGCACCUGAGAUGUUCAACUGCAGAAGAGAAGCAGGCUAUUCCUUUGCUGUUGACUGGUGGUCACUGGGAGUGACAGCAUAUGAGCUGCUGAGAGGCCGGAGACCGUAUCAUAUUCGCUCCAGUACUUCCAGCAAGGAAAUUGCACACAUGUUUGAGACAGCACUAGUGACUUACCCUUCUGCCUGGUCACAGGAGAUGGUAUCCCUUCUUAAAAAGCUACUUGAACUGAAUCCGGACCACCGAUUUUCCCAUUUGUCUGAUAUUCAAAACUUCCCAUAUAUGAAUGAUAUGAACUGGGAUGCAGUUCUGCAGAAGAGGCUCAUUCCAGGAUUUGUUCCUAACAAAGGCAGGCUGAAUUGUGACCCCACCUUUGAGCUCGAAGAAAUGAUUUUGGAGUCCAAGCCUCUUCACAAGAAAAAGAAGCGUCUGGCCAAGAAGGAGAAGGAGAUGAGGAAAUGCAAUUCCUCUCAGACAUGCCUUCUUCAAGAACACCUUGAAUCUGUCCAAAAGGAGUUCAUAAUUUUCAACAGAGAAAAAGUCAAAAGGGACUUUAAUAAAAGACAAGCAAAUCAAGCCUUGGAACAAACCAAAGACCCACAAGGAGAGGAUGGUCAGAAUAGCAACCUGUGA